GACCUUUGAGGACAUUGCCCUGUACUUCUCCAGGGAAGAAUGGAGCCUCCUUGAUGAGGAUCAGAGACAAGCUGUACCUGAAUGUGAUGCUGGAGAACUUUGAACUUAUAUCCUUGCUGGGAGUGAUGAGGGGAAAAACAAGAAAAAGUAAAAAAAACCCUGAUCACUUACUUGGACUCAAUAACUACAUUACCCAGAACACCAUGUGUGGAAUACUAACAGCUUAGCCAAUGAAGGCUCAGAAAAGGUGUUUCAAGGGGCGGGACUUCCUGCAUCCUCAGCGCCUGCAUUUUGACUCCAUCCAAACAUACGCAGCUGUUGUUGCGGAGCGUCCAGAGCGCUGGGUCCCGGUGGAGAUGGCCCGACAGAGAAGGCAAGAGAAUCGUGGCGCACACAGCACACGCGCGGGUGUGAAGCUCGAUGUCCCCGCCCGGGUGACCCGCUCCAGGGCCCGGAAAGGGACCGCCCUUCCCGCCGCGGCCUCUGCUCCCGCCGCUCCCGCCCGGCCCCGCACACACAGUCCGAUGGCGGCGCCCGCCCCGAGGCGCGGGGCUGAGGGUGGCGUGACCUUUGAGGACAUUGCCCUGUACUUCUCCAGGGAGGAAUGGCGCCUCCUUGAUGAGGGUCAGAGACAGCUGUACCUGAAUGUGAUGCUGGAGAACUUUGAACUUCUAUCCUCCCUGGGUUAUAAGGCCUCUUGACUCAAGGCCCUCCUCUUGAGUUUCCAGUUCAUCACCAUCGGACUUGGAGACUAUGUUCUAAUCAAGACUUGGAAGGGAAGCAAGUUGGAACCCUCCUGGGAAAGACCCCACCUUGUCUUGCUUACCACAGAGACUGCUGUUCGGACUGCAGAGCGAGGGUGGACGCACCUCAACUUGAACAGCCAUACCAGCACAUAUGCACUUGAAAUUGACCCCAAAAACUGUGAGCUGUCUUAAUAACCAUCAUGUACUGAGUUCUCUUUGCUUUAGGGAUCUGGCAAAUUGUAGGUGCUUGCAAUGUGGGCUGGGGAAAGGUGUACAAUCCAGAUCAUGCUUACCCAAUUAAGUAUUGGUUAUAGAUAGCUUGAAUGACUUGGGUAGUUCAGCCUUUAGGUCAAAAGAUUGACUAGGACUAGAUUUAGGAGUAGAUGUCACAGGACAAGAUCCCCUAGGCCACUGCCACCACCAUGCAAACCAAAGUAGGAUAUAAGGGAAUGAAUGCCUGGGUGGAAUGGAUUAAAUAUUCUGUACGAGCCCUAAAUAAAAGCGACUGUUAAUGCUUGCGUGGCAGGAAGGCUAGAGGCCCAAGUGGUCCCAUUCCCAUUCGGAUGGACCUCAGACAGUAAGGGGAUGGAAUAUGUGCUUGCUUCGUACCAGAAAGAAACCACCUGGGGAAAUGCUUCACUCUUGCCCUGUUGUUCCCAUUCAACAGAAGUAAAGAGCAAGGAACCCCCAAAAGCAGUCCAGCCCUGUCCUCCGACAUAAACUAUACGUCCUGCCGCUCAAGGGGGGUAACAAAGGUCCUCGGAGGUUAUGAUAAAUUUAUCCAGAAGCAUAAAUGGCUGAGUAUCCUCAGAAGCCCAUCGUGCUGCACCGUCGAUACCCCGUGCUGAUGUCUUACUUGUGGCCUUGCCCAGCAAAUGGAGUGGAACUUGCACUCUGAUAAAUUCGCUAUCCGUUUCACUUUGGGAGAUCAUAAACCUUUUUCAAUAGACAGACAGACUAGGAAGAGGACAGAGUCCAGGGCCUCCUUUGAUCCCCCAUAUACACACAGAUCCCAUUGGGGUUCCAGGAGUGGUGCCAAAAGGAGUUUAAGGCUAGAAAUCAGAUUGCCACCAGAUUUGAAUCUGUCCUGUGCUGGUGGCCCACUCUGAACAAAAAAGAGUGAGGGCCCUAACCAGUUUGGCUCAGUGGAUAGAGCGUCGGCCUUCGGACUCAAGGGUCCCGGGUUUGAUUCCGG